UUGUACGUUCCCCCUGUAAUUGAUUGCUCUAGGCUUCAACGAGUUUUGCCAUCAAGAUAUAAGCUCUAUCUUGUCGAAUAAAUAGUUUAGAUUGACCCAUGUGUUGUUCCCGCGUAGAAACCUGAUGACUUAUUGUGAGCAGUGUAUGGUUGCAGACAUUUUUAUGUAGUCUUCUCUUUUCAGACAUAUAAACAUUUGAAAUAUCAAAAUGCAAUUAAAGAGCUUAUAAGCCUUUACACAAUAUUUUCAGAAUUGAUUCUUUAGAUAGUGGAUAGUUGAUUGUGAAGAUAUUUCGUCAUUUGAACGUCGGGCCUUUAAGAUACGAAGGUUUAUAUAGUUCCCAAUAUGUUAGUGACUAUGACCAUGACCUCUAUUAACUAUGCAUGCUAUGACGUAACAUAAGGGAUCAUUUAAGGUAGCUCCAUAUAGUUAAAAGGCUUUUGAGGUACAUGUUACAUAUUGCUGUAUUAAAAAAAAAAAAAGUAUGUUUUGACCCUUUUUUGCGCAUUGUACUAAUAUUAGUAAAUCAAGGUUUCAGUUUUUACAAAAAAAUAUCACAUGACGGGUCGCCAUAGCAACGUAACGUUAGUCUCAAUUGAGGCUUUUUUGUAAUAAAAAAAAUUAAAGCUCGAGUUUUUCGCGGUGAAUUUUUUUCUAAAUAUGUUAAGUGAAUUCAUACUACUUAUUUCAUCAUUUGACACCGCGACUUAAGUAUCCCAACGACAGAACCUUAGAUUUAACGCAAUUUCUGUCUUUUCACAAUUAAAAACAUUCUGUCGUUAGAACUCGCUAAAUAUUUUGCAAGCUGAUUGCUUUUGAUAUCGAAAAAACACUGUAAAAUUUUGAAGACAUUUUACCGCCAAAUUUCCGAGACUUUUAAUUUCAAAAAUCGCGCACAAAAAUUAGUCAAUUACGUCAUCAAAAUAAAAUUUCUACAAGAUCCGUAUUUGCGCAUGUGCGAAACUGAGCGAGCGAGGUAAACAUUUGUGCCAGCCAAUACAAACCCACUGAACAUCCAUGAUAUUGCUGAAUUUCUCGCGGAAUUACCACUCGCAGGCUCAUCGAUAAUGCACGAAAUAUUAAAAUUGAACUUGUUUUGAGCUUCACUUGAGUCGUUAAAAGGCACUGAUGUAAUUGUUUGGACAUUUUUUUGGAUUAUUUGCAGUGUUCUUUUAUUCCAGCAUGUUUUGAAAAGUAAUUUUACGACAUUUUUUGAAACUGCUUGGCGCACCGCCAUCUUUAUUUUGUUUUUCGUGGCUUUAAAAGCUCGCGCCAUCAUAAAACUCGUUCCCAUUUCCCUCGCGGUAAAAAUUAACUGUAUGGAGCUACCUUAAUAUACAACACUGCACUCGUUCUGGAAUACAAUAUUUCAAAAGCAUCGCCCUUUUACUCGUGACUCACAUAAAGGUUCUUAUAAAUUUGUUUUCAAAAAAUGUCCAGCGUUCAAUAUUAAAAGUUGCAACAACAUAACUCAAAUCCCUUAUGUUACGUCAUAGUCAUAGACGAUUUUGUUUGAUUUUUGCUGACAUCUUCUCUUAAAAGAGGACCACGAGUUUAUCAAGUGAUAUCCUCUAUAAACAAAGUUAAUUUAAUUUUAAUCUAAGGUCUAAUUUAAGGUUAAUUUAACGCCUCAUUAGUAUGUUCUUUUACUCUCGAGCUUAUUUGCAUGUAACACGUUGUGAAGUCGUUGAAGUAUGAGAUGUAGACACUGAGGGUCACUGCCAGGGUGUCUUUGGUUGACGUGCCCAGUGCCCAGUGGUCAGUUCUUCUGAUAUCUAUUUGAUUUUUAGAUUUUACAAUGCCAAAAUCCGAGGAGCUAAAAGUUCAGCUAAAUAAAGCCGCAAAGGCCUUUGAUGACACCAAUGUAUACCACGAGAUACAGACCAAAUACACAGUAGAAUCUGCAGAAUUGCUUCUCCAGCAGACUGGGAUAUUGUCGGCAGACAACAAGAUCUUGUCAAAAGAUGACCAGCCCGUUACUAUAGUAGAGCUUGGUGCUGGCACUGGUCUUUUCACUACAUCUGCACUUGCCGCACUGGAAGGGAAGGGCAAAGUGCGCUAUGUUGCAACAGACCCACUAGAAUGCAUGGAAAAAGCAUGUGCAAAGUAUCUACCGGACGUGGAGUUUGCUCUUUGUAAAGCUGAAAACAUGCCAUUUCCAGACAGCAGUGUCGAUGCCAUUCUAGGAGCAGGAUGUUUCCAUUGGUUUGCCAACCAAGAUGCAUACCAAGAGAUGUACCGCAUCCUCAAACCAAAUGGCACGCUAGGCUACAUAACAAACCUACCAAGCGAGACGGAAAGUCCUCAGUGGGUCCUGGACACCUACAAAAUUCUAUAUGAAAGCUAUAACAAAACCAAGGCUCCAUUUGAACACGAUUUCAAAUGGCGUAAAGCCUUGUUAAAUUCUAAUCUGUUUGAAAAUUUUCAGGAGAAUUUAAAACUUAGAAAUUUUCAAGCGAUGAAUUUCAAUCAAUGUGUCCAAUUUUUUGCGUCGUUUGGAGGUGUUGCCUCCGCCAGCGAAGACCAUCGUUCUAGUUUCCAAACCAAACUCGUUAAUAUACUCGAUAAGCAUUUCAAGAAUAAAGGCGAAAAAUUGAAAGGUAUUGAGCACAUUGUAGAGAUUUACACUGCUAAAUCUGUGAAAACCCAGUAGAUAGGAAUGAUAUUGGAGUUCGAAGCAGUUUAUGUAUGCAUCACAAGCUAAGAAAACGGAUACCUUCACUAGUAAAAAAAACAACCUUUCGAUUAUUUUUUAAACUUUAAGAAUGUUUUACGAAUAAAAAUUUCAAUCAAUAAAACACAUUUUAUUUCUGUACUAAUAAAAACGCAACCUACCGACAUUUUGA